CGCCGUGGUAACCGCGCCGGCGGAAAGGCGCUGAAUCACGGGCGCGCGCUUUCCCAGCUUUAGCAGAAGCUGCCGCGGGGGGCGGGUGGGGGUCCCCCAGUGUUGCGUCCUUGCCAGACAAGUGCAGACCCCGGCGGGCCUGACCCGCCCGGCUCAAAGCCGGACGCGGGAGCUGCGGCCGCGACCGCUGUCGCUGCUGGAGGUAAGAGCCCAGCAGUAGCCUCCACCUGUCUCGGCUUUGGGAAAAGUCGCCUCUCCGGGGCUACAUCCUGGGGAAGAGAAAGCAAGGGUUUUGCUCGGAUGGGGCGGUAACCUCCUCUCUGACAGCAGAUGCGCGUGCCAGUGUGUGAAUGUGCGUGUGUGUAAGGCCGGGAGAUGACGACGAAGAAGAGCAGGUGGGACGGUGGUGAUGCUUCGAGCCAGCUGCACCUACUAGGGCGAGCUUCAGUGUCGCCAGCAGCGACCCCAGUUCUUGAGGCCAAAUCUGGCUCCUAACAUCAAAGGAAGUGUGCACCAAAGGCCUCUCAGGGCUGUCUCAGAAGCCUGCCUCCACCCACUGUGUGAGGUAAAAUGGCGCCCCCCACAGGUGCGCUCUCUUCAUUGCUGCUGCUGGUGACCAUUGCAGGGUGCGCCUGUAUGAAGUGCAGUGAGGGAAGGACAUAUUCCAAUGCAAUCAUUUUACCUAACUUGGAAACUACCAGAAUCAUGCGGGUGCCUCAAACCACCCCCACGGUGGACUGCACAGCCGCUUGUUGUGACCUGUCCAGCUGUGACCUGGCUUGGUGGUUUGAAGGCCGCUGCUACCUGGUGAGCUGCCCACACAAAGAGAACUGUGAGCCCAAGAAGAUGGACUCCAUGAGGUCUUAUCUCACCUUUGUGGUCAGGCCUGCUCCGCGGCCUGCACAGUUGCUGGACUUUGGGGAGAUGAUGCUAAAGAGGGGUUCCCCAUCAGGAAUCUGGGGGGACUCACCUGAGGAUAUCAGAAAGGACUUGCCUUUUCUAAGCAAAGAUGGGGGCCUAGAGGAGAUGUCUGAGUACUCGGACGACUAUCAGGAGCUGGAGCAGGACAUCUUCCAGCCCAUCAGCAAGCAGGAGCCCAGAGGGAGUGCCGAGUACACUGACUGGGGCUUCCUACCAGGUGGUGAGGGCCGUUUCAACUCCUCUGCUGGAGACAGCCCAGCAGCAUCAGCGGAGAAGCAGCAGGAGGACCCUGAGCCCCGUUAUCUGGACCGGGAGCUCCAUAAGCUAAACGAGUCGGCAUGGACCCCAGCCCCAAAACACUCUCCGGAGAGAAGGUUGUUGCUUCCUUUGGUGACUACUCCAUCUUCAGGAGAGGUGUUGGAGAAAGAGACUUUUCAGCUCCAGGAACAAUCCAGCAACAGCCCUGGAAAACAGGUUCUAAUGCCUUCCCAUAAUCCUCCUCCAGCCAGCCUGGAGUUCAGCCCAGCCAUGGUGGAGAAAAGCCCAGUUCUCACAGUCGCCCCACAGAGCACAGAGCAUAGCAUCCCAAGCCUUACCACGAGCAUCGUUCCCACUGAGUCUGCCACACCUGAGCAACCUGGAUCUGCUCCCACUGCUCCCAGGACAGUGAAAGAGCUCAUGGUGUCUGCUGGAGAUAAUAUAAUAAUAACUUUACCGAAAACUGGAGUUGAACUGAAGGCUUUUGUUGUGCCAGCGCCACCUGCAGAAACAACCUACAACUAUGAAUGGAGUUUAAUAAGCCACCCUGUAGACUACCAAGAUGAAAUAAAAGAAAGACACGCUCAAACUCUUAAUCUCUCUCAAUUGUCAGUAGGAUUUUAUGCCUUCAAAGUAGCGGUUUCUAGUGACAAUGCCUUUGGAGAAGGAUUUGUAAAUGUCACUGUUAAGCCAGCCAGAAGAGUCAACCUGCCACCUAUAGCAGUUGUGUCUCCCCAGAUACAAGAGCUCACUCUACCUUUGACGUCAGCCCUCAUCGAUGGCAGCCAAAGUACAGAUGAUACUAACAUAGUGAGUUACCACUGGGAGGAAAUGAACGGGCCCCUGGGAGAAGAGAAGAUGUCCGCUGAUUCUCCCGUCUUACGUUUGUCUAACCUUGUUCCUGGAAACUAUUCUUUCAGAUUGACUGUUACAGACUCAGAUGGAGCCAGUAACUCCACAAUUGCAGCCCUAAUAGUCAACAGUGCUGUGGACCAUCCACCAGUUGCCAAUGCGGGACCAAAUCAGACCAUAACUUUGCCCCAAAACUCCAUCACUCUGAAUGGAAACCAGAGCAGUGAUGAUCACCAGAUUGUCCUCUAUGAGUGGUCCCUGGGCCCCGGGAGUGAGAGCAAAGAGGUGGCCAUGCAGGGAGUAGAGACACCAUACCUUCAUUUGUCUGCAAUGCAGGAAGGAGAUUAUACGUUUCAGCUGAUGGUGACAGAUUCUUCUAGGCAACAAUCCACUGCUGUGGUCACUGUGAUUGUCCAGCCUGAAAACAACAGGCCUCCAGUAGCUGUGGCUGGCCCCAGUAAGGAGCUGGUCUUCCCAGUGGAGAGCACUACCCUGGAUGGGAGCCGGAGCAGUGAUGACCACGGCAUUGUUUUCUACCACUGGGAGCAUGUCAGAGGCCCCAGUGCAGUGGAGAUGGAAAAUGCUGACAAAGCUGUAGCCACUGUAACUGGUCUGCAGGUGGGUACCUACCACUUCCGUUUAACAGUGAAAGACCAGCAGGGACUGAGCAGCACCACCACCCUCACCGUGGCUGUGAAGAAGGAAAAUAAUAGUCCUCCCAGAGCCCAGGCUGGUGGCAGACAUGUUCUUGUGCUUCCCAAUAACUCCAUUACUUUGGAUGGUUCAAGGUCUACUGAUGACCAUGGAAUUGUGUCCUAUCUGUGGAUCCGGGAUGGCCAGAGUCCAGCAGCUGGAGAUGUCCUGGACGGCUCUGACCGCAGUGCAGCCCUGCAGCUUACCAAUCUGGUGGAGGGAGUCUACACUUUCCACUUGCGAGUCACUGAUGGGCAGGGGGCCUCAGACACGGACACUGCCACCGUGGAAGUGCGGCCAGACCCCAGGAAGAGUGGCCUGGUGGAGCUAAUCCUGCAGGUUGGCAUCGGGCAGCUGACAGAGCAGCAGAAGGACACCCUAGUGAGGCAGCUGGCAGUGCUGCUGAACGUGCUGGACUCGGACAUUAAAGUUCAGAAGAUUCAGGCCCACUCGGACCUCAGCACUGUGAUUGUAUUUUAUGUACAAAGUGGGCCACCUUUCAAGGUCCUCAAGGCUGCUGAAGUAGUCCAAAAUCUGCACAGGCGCCUCUCAAAGGAGAAGACUGAUUUCUUGCUUUUCAAAGUCUUGAGGAUUGACACAGCAGGUUGCCUUCUGAAGUGUUCUGGCCACGGUCACUGUGACCCCAUCACCAAGCGCUGCAUCUGCUCUCAGUUGUGGAUGGAGAACCUGAUCCAGCGCUAUAUCCGGGAUGGCGAGAGCAACUGUGAGUGGAGCGUAUUCUAUGUGACAGUGCUGGCUCUCACUCUCGUAGUGCUCACUGGGGGUUUAACUUGGCUUUGCGUCUGCUGCUGCAAGAGGCGAAAAAGGACUAAAAUAAGGAAAAAAACAAAGUACACCAUCCUGGACAACAUGGAUGACCAGGAAAGAAUGGAGCUGAGGCCCAAAUAUGGUAUCAAGCACCGAAGCACAGAGCACAACUCCAGCCUGAUGGUGUCCGAGUCGGAGUUUGACAGUGAUCAGGACACAAUCUUCAGCCGAGAAAGGAUGGAGAGAGGCAAUCCGAAGGUUUCCAUGAAUGGCUCCCUCAGAAACGGGGCUUCCUUCAGCUAUUGCUCAAAGGACAGAUAAUGGAGCAGCUGUAAAACGAAAGGACCCCUGCAGGAAUCCUUCAAUCCGGGACCAGUCAAUGGGAGUUAAAACACGAAACUAACUCUUGUUAGAACAGCGCAUGAACGUCCUUUCACUCUGGGCUGGGUGUGUGUCCCCAUAGUUUAAAAGACCUGUUUUCUUGGGGUUUUCAAGACACAAAACAAAACAAAAACAUUGCUUUUUAAACUGGGACGCUUGUUAAUAGGAAUAAAGGCUGGGUAAGAUGCUAAGGUAUAUACUUAAAAGAGUUUUGUGUUUCUGUAGCUGGUACAGUAUUAUAUUGCCUAUGUUAAAGAUUAACACCUGUUCGUGUCUGCAGACCCGUUAGGUGACUUACACAUGGAUUUAAAGAGGGCUGAUUUCUCCUAGGAGCUGGGAUUGCUUUUAAGGACGACUUUCUGAACAUGGUUUCUUGGUAGGACCCAUAAAGUCGAUGGCUGUGUUUACUAAAUAGUGUCUCUGAGGUGCGGGUUGUCUUCUGUGCAGCAAGUUUUCUGUGCUGAGUGCGACCCCCACGCAGAGCAAGGCCCUCCUGUUUUCGCUCCUUUGCUGUCACCAACCGCCAUUUUGGUGCUCUCUCUUGGAAGUUCAAGAUCUCAAAAAGAAUUGUUUUCUGAGGACUGGAGGCGACAGAAAGGGAGGUGGGGUUCAAUGACUUGUAGGUUGGAAGUUGAACUAGCAUUUUAACAUCCUUUACCUUUUCUUUCUUUUAGAAAAACAAACCAAGCUGAGGUUUCUCUUAGCCCCAGUUUACAUGAAACACAAUAAAAGUGAUGAUUCCUCCAUUAAA